AUGCGCUCUCACCUGUCACUUGGAGCCUUAGCGGUUCUAGCUACUGCGCUCCCAUCAUCAGCAACACCAUCAGCAAAUAACAAACGUUCCCACGAGUUACUUGGCUCUAACUUUGGUAUUCCUACUUACAAUCGCACCUUCGACUAUAUUGUCGUCGGCGGCGGCAAUGCCGGUCUACCCCUCGCCUACCGUCUUGCACAGGAUGGUAAGACUCAAGUUGCCGUGGUCGAAGCGGGUGGCUUCUACGAAAUCAGCACAGGAAAUACAAGCCAGAUCCCCGGUAACGAUAUUUAUUGGACGGGUACCAGUCUGACCGAUGUCAAUCCUCUUGUCGACUGGGGGUUUCACACUACUCCGCAGCCUGGCCUUGGUGGUGCCGUGGCACAUUAUGCUCGUGGCAAGACGUUAGGCGGUUGCACUGCUCGUAACUACAUGGCUUACCAGCGUCCCUCAACGGAAUCGAUGCAGGUCUGGGCUGAUCAAGUCGGAGAUCAAAACUACACGUUUGAAAAUAUGUUGAAAUGGUACAAGAAAAGCUUGAAUUUCCAAGCGCCGGCACCGGGUCAGCGAUUCGGCAACGCCACACCAGAGUAUGACCGGUCUACCUUGGGCAGUGGAGGGCCCCUUGAUUUGUCAUUCCCAAACUAUGCGCAAGCAUUUUCUACUUGGAUCAAAAACGCGUUCCAUGAGCUUGGUUUUAAGUCUCUUAAAGCGUUCACCAGCGGCGAGCUUAUAGGCGCGUCGUGGGAUGUCACCACUAUUAAUAGCGAGAAUGGUGAACGUGCUAGUAGUGAGGUCGCAUUUUUGCGCCCUGUACUCGAAGCAGGCCAGACCAAUCUCGUAGUCUACCCACAAACCCUCGCCAAGAAAGUUCUCUUUGAAGGCACCAAGGCCACAGGUGUCCUUGUAGAUACUUCUGGGGCAGAAUAUGUACUCAGUGCGAGUAAAGAAGUUAUCAUUUCCGCCGGGACUUUCCAGUCACCGCAACUUCUAAUGGUUUCUGGUGUUGGUCCUGCUACUACUCUGAAGAAGCACGAUAUUCCAGUUGUCAAAGAUUCUCCAGGAGUAGGCCAGAACAUGAUCGAUCAGUUAUUAUUUGGUCCUUCUUACCGAGUCAAGGUAUCAACUGCCUCUUCUCUUGCUCCUAGCCUGCCCAGUUAUUACAAAGCUAUCAAUGAGUUUUACACCAAGCAGGGGGGUCCUCUCUCUAGCCCCGGUGGGGAUUUCCUUGGGUUCGAAAAGAUUCCACAGUCACUCCGUUCGAGCUUUAGCAACGAGACAUUGAAGUCGUUGGCAAAAUUUCCUGCCGACUGGCCCGAGGUUGAAUAUCUCGCAGUGGCAGCGUAUUUCGGAAAUGCCAAAAACCUGGUUUUUGGCUCCCCAACUGAUGGUAGCCAAUAUGCAACAUUGGCGAUCGGACUGGUGGCACCUACAUCUAGAGGCAACAUCAGUAUCAGUUCUGCCGACAUGUCCGACAUGCCCCUGAUCAACCCAAACUUUCUCGGCACAAAAACGGAUCGUGAAGUUGCUAUUGCCGCAUUCCGCCGUGUCCGAGAGGUGUUCAACAGCAGCGCUAUGGCGCCGAUCGUCGACGGACAGGAGGCUUAUCCUGGACCGAAGUACCAGACCGACGAGGAGAUCCUAGAGUAUAUCAGCUCAAGUUUCAGCUUGCUUUUCCACGCGUCAUCUACGUGCAAGAUGGGAUUGGCAAACGAUUCCAUGGCCGUCAUUGAUCCUACUGCCAAAGUAUACGGUGUACAAAACCUACGCGUUGUCGACGCAUCUUCAUUUCCAAUACUCCCCCCGGGGCAUCCCAUGUCGACCGUAUAUGCGCUGGCGGAGAAGAUUGCCGCAGAUAUUAUUUCAGGUAAUUAA